AUGGGAUACGCUGCAAUUGAAGCAGUGCCAGCGAUGCCCUGUGCAGAAGUCAUGGUAGGCCCGCGAGCUCAUAACCAAGAGGCCUGUCCUCUCUUCUCCCUACCAGGCGAGAUCCGUACGUACAUCUACGAACUCGUAUUGCUCGCGGGAGUCCCUGGCGAUGAGAAUGGUCUCAUAAAGCUUGAGAAGCGUACACGGAUUGGGAUGCUCAUACAACCGCCAAGCGUCCUGUCGUUACUGGCCACGUGCCGCAUCAUCCAAUACGAGGCUGCUGGUAUUUUCUACGAGAAGAUUCACCUAGAAUUCACCUGCUCCACUAAAGCAUCUAUCGAGCGGGACCGGGAAAUCUUCAACACUCUCGGCCAGCCACGUCUUGAUGGCAUUGCUAUGCUGUCCAUCACGAAGCGUCGGGUCAACAAUAUUGCCUGGCUUUCUACCGUAAUAGCAUUGAGUUGA